GCUGUCAUCUCUGUUUGAUGGGCAUCCUGCGUUGAUUCCUCUGAGACUCUAGUAGAGCCACAGAGCUGGCCUGCAAACUCCACAAACGAUAAGUAUCGGACAGAUAUCCAGUGGCCAGGCAUGGCUGUCCCUCUCCCCGGAACCUGUUCGGUCUCGGCGCUCGCUUUAUUCCCCUUCUCCUUGCCUUCUCUAGGUCCCUGCUGCGGCGAAUCGUCAGAAUUGCGCGGCAGCGAACCCGAAUCCGGAGCCACAGCGUGCCUUGAAUUCCUCGACGCGGCUCGUUCCUGUAACGAGGCCAAUUCCGCAACCAUCAUGAGUGCGAUGGCGCCUUUGCUAGCGCCUGUUUUCGGGAAGCAGGCGUGUUCGGGCAUGGUAUCGCCCGUCUUGAUCGCGAGAGCAGCGGUAGCAGCUGCAGCGUCGCUGGAAGAGGAGGCUCGGGCGAAGGUCCCUCGGCAGAGGAAGCUGCGAUGGCGGGAUGAGCUUGGCUUGGCGCUCACGUCCGUGCGAGAGUACGAUCCGAGUGAAGGAAGAUACGACCUGGAGGAUCUACAUGCAUGCAACUACAUGGAAUCUUGCGCUAUGCAAUGAGGGGAAGGGAGCCCGAUAGUGCUCUGUAAAGGGGCUUUUGGCUUUAAAAUACUGACAAGUUAACACCAGGCUCUUUCACUAACGCGUUGGACUGCUCUGGAGCACGUUGGGCUUCCCUUCUUUGGGUCCCCACGCGGUGGGUUCUCAGUCCAGUAUAGUUUCUACACUUCUCAAUGCCACCCACGUUCCUCUGACUCUUGUUAACCACCUUGGGGGGGCACACUUCCAUAGAGUAUCUCGUACCACACUUAUGGCAUUCAAUUGCUUUGUUAGGAGUAACAAUGUGUAUGCAUGGCGUUCAUUCCCCACGAGGGUUACGUGCACUUGAUUCAG